CAAACUUAUUUUUUGUGACCCACUUGUUACGUGUAGGUUAUGACGUUAUAAACAAAAAUAUGUUGGCUGUAAAUGUUUGGUUUUCAUGAUAAAUUCGUGCAUGCCAGACGAUAGGAAUGGAGGGUCCAAGUCUGAGCUUGUUUCUAGGCUCAGAAAAUAUUCAACUAAAUACAAAUACACAAGGCUUAGAGGAAGAUGAGGAGCAAGAGGAUGCCAAGCAACGUAGCAAAGAGAUCAAGGAUCUCUUGGACAAUGCGUUUGAUGAUUUAGAUGAAGAAUCUGAUACCAGUUCUAUCAAUGAUAGUCAUUAUCAAGAUAGCACUAAAGGAGCAAAAGUUUCUAAUACGACAUUAAAUUCUUCUCAAGGAAUUGUAUCAUCCAAAGACCAUACAGUAUCUCAAUUGCAAAAGGAGUUUGACACUUACGAUCAUGUCGAUAAUUCAAACAACUAUGACAGUAGCAUAAUGAAUCACAGAUCAGAGUUGGAACUUGCUCCUUCAAUCUCUAGCAUGCAAAGAGACUUCAAUGUAUAUGGUCAACCUGAUGCUCUGUGUUCUAAUAACAAUAGGGAUAAUGAUAUGCAUAAUAUUACUGCAGAAACGCCUUAUGAACUGGCAAGACCACCAAACUGUGCAUUUCCUAAAGACAUGAGAACGCAAGUCGAAGACUAUACUUUUAACGAAAAUUAUUUAUAUAAUUAUCAGACGCCAGCUAAUCAUUAUGCUCAAGAUAAAAAUUGUUCAAAUAAUGGUUAUAUCGAUGGAUAUGAGAAUAAUGUACAUUGUAAGCAAAUUCAUGAAUUUGGAGGUGGUGAUAAUCUUACAUCUGAUCACAUAAAUCAUUGUUACAAAACAAGUCCAAAUGGUAGACCAACCGAUGAUGAUAGUAUGGCUUAUAAAAUAGCAGAGUAUGAUAGUAAGGAACAAUUGGAAGUUUUAUAUACAGUACGAGUGAAAGAAGUUAAACGAUUAACGGAAGAGUUGCAACAACUACAGUUGGAAAAAGAAGAAGAGAAGCUUCAGCUUAGUAGAAAAAUAACACUUUUACAGGCUGAUAUCGAAAGAUCAAACAUAUCUAGAAAUCAAACGCAACACGCUUUAGUUGAUGCAAAAGCUGAAAUUGCAGAUCUUCAGAAUCAAAUAACAUCGUUAAAGGAAAAAAAUGCAAUUUUGGAGAAAACUAAUCAACAUAUGACAGAGGAAUUAAAUAUCGCCAGAGAUUCUGUAAUAGAAUUACAACAAAAAAUAGUUGUAUUAGAAAGAGUACAAGCAUUGCAAGCAAAUGAUAAAACACAUGAAAAAUUUUUGAAACAAGCACAAGAAAAGCAUGCAAUUGAAAUGAAAAAUAUGCAAAUUCAAAUUGAUGUACUAACAGACAAACUUAAUGCAAAGCUGCUCAAUGUGGAUUCCAACACUCAUUGUAUAUGGGAAACAUCUUAUAUUGCUUUGGAAAAUAAAUUAGCUGAUAUACGGAGGACGAAUGAAACAUUGAUGGUGGAGAAAGGAGAUACGAUGAAUCGUCUGGCACAAGCGCUAGAAGAAAGUCAGGCACAGUGCCGGAAUCUUAUGGCUACAAAUAAUGCUCAGCAAGUAAUGCAGCUUCAAGCACAAAUUAAAGUUUUGACGCAGGAAAAAGAAGAAAUGCAAAAAAUGAUUCAAGAGUUACAGAAUAAAUUAGAGAUAGCAAAAAGUGAUGCAGUACAGUAUGACUCAUUGUUAGCUACAACAUUAGAGGAAGAAUCAGAUUCUAUUAGACAGAUGAAAUUGGGUGAUUUCCAUAAUAAAUCAAAAUCAAAGCCUUAUGAUGAUAUUACGAAUAAAUUAAAAGGCGAAUUGCAAAGGUGUUUAGCUGGACAAGCUAUCAAAAGGAAGGAAAUAACUCGAUUGGAAAAUACUCUAUCGCAGAAAGAAAAAGAACUUGAUAAAGCUUUAACUAUAGCAGAUGUGUGUCGACAGGAAGCAGCUCGAUAUGCUAAACGUGUUAAUGAACUAGAACAAGAAUUGAAAUCUGUACUUACGGAUGAAGCUUUAAAAGCAAAAACUCAAAUACAAAAGUUAUCCAAUCAUCUUAAUGAUGUAAAAAAGCAAUGUGAAUCGUUACGAGAAGAAAAAACAAAGUUAGAACAAAAAUUAAAGGAAACAAUAGCGAUUAAUCAGGAAACACUUAUGAAAUUACAUCAAGAAAGUAUAAAUCAACAAGAGAAAGAUGCCAUUGAUGAGUACAAUAAAGAAUAUUUGGAAAUACAUGCUAAAGCUGUAGAAAGAGUCAGGCAAGAAGCACAAGUUGAAGUAAUGCAAUUAUCCGUGCAAUUGGAACAAACACAAAAAGAAUUGGAUCGUGUUAAAGAGUUGUAUAUAGAUGUCUGUAGUACAAAGGAACAGUUAAUAAGUGAACAUAAAUCUGAAAUCAAAAUGUUAAGAGAAAAAUAUGUUAACUUAGAAGAACGAGAAAUAGAGAUAGAAAAAUAUCAACGUGACUUGCAGGCACAAGCAAAGAUAGUAGAAAAAUUGAUGAACGAGUGUGACAUGUACAGAAGUAAAAUAAUUGAUUUAGAAAAAGAUUUGAAUUAUGAAAGGAAAAAGAAAGACGAAUAUAUAAAGAAGAUUCACCAAGAAAUUGAAAAGGCUAAAGAGGAAGCUUUAAAUGAAUUACGCAAUGCACACCCUAAUCAAGAAAUAAGUGUUUAUUUGCCAGAUCAUUGUUCUGAACAUUUAGAGAAAAUAAAUCAGUUAGAAGAAGAUUGUAAACGUUUGGAAGAUAAACUACAUGCUGCAGUUGAAGAACAGAAAAAAGUGUUGGAAUAUCAAUCUGCGUUAGACGAUGCGAAAUUAAAGAUAGCGCAAGUGGAAAUAUCUCAAGAAUCUUGGAAAAAGAAAUAUGAAAAUGCAAUUAGUGAGAGAAAUAAUUUUAUUACAAAAAUUUCGAAACUUGAUUCUGAAUUGUCAAAUAUCAAGCGAAAUUUAAAAAUCGAAGAUUCCGAUGUAAAAUUAAAAGUAUCUCGGUUUCAAGUAGAAAAUGAAAGUUUAAAAAAUAAGUGUGAGACUUUAAUUAGCGAAACAAACGUUUAUAAGGAUAAAAUUUCACAGUUAGAGAUGGAACUAUCGGAAACAAAAAAAAUAAUUGCAAAUUUCGAGAGUAGGUUAAAAAAGAAUAGUGAAAUAUCAAAUUCAAAAUAUGAAUUGGAAAAAGAUCUUUCUCACUAUAAAGAUUUGGCAACGCGAUUGAGUAUUGACAUAAACCAUUUCAAAGUUGAAAGAAAAAGUAUUCAUGCCAUGGAACAAAAAAUCAAACAACUAGAAGCAGAUUUACAAGGAAAGGAAGAGGAAAUAGAAAGAUUAAAGGACUUUGAGAAAACAAAAGUGGAGAGAGACCAACUUGUAUUAAAGUUAAAAAAUCAGGCAAAACAAUUUGAACAGUAUGUUAAGCAUCAAAAACAAAUAUUUCCUGAAUUAAAUUUAUCACCGCGCAGUUCAAACGAUGGCACAGAUUUUCUAAAAAUAAGGGAAAGUAUGAUAAAAGAGUUACACGAAGAGAUGGAACAAAAGGUACACGAAGAGCUUAAACGUAUAGAGGAACACAAUCGGGAAAAAAGGAACGAAUUGGAAGAAACAUACAAAACAGUUUUAUUAAAAUUAAAAAACAAAUAUUAUGAAGAAAUGCAGAAAGUGAUUGAAACUUGUCGUAAAAUACUGCUAGCAAAACAGUUGGAGAUUGAAAAGUUACAAGAGGAAUUAAAGCAGAAAGAAACUGAUGUGAAUGAAGAGAAAGAUGUGAUGGCUAAAUUUAUCAGUGAAUGGGUUAGAGAAAUUAGGGAAAUAAAAGAUAAAGAAGUUGAGAUGAAUAAUAAAUUACAGCAGUUACAGGAAAGUGAAGAAAAUUUGAAAACAGAAAUAAAAACAUUGAAAGAAAAAGAAGAAGAUAUAAAGAGUAAUAUCGAUAAAUUAAAAAGUAAAUAUCAGUCAGCAAAAAGUACUGCGAACAAUUACAAGGAAUAUGCAGCGAAAAGAGAGAAAUUUUUUAGAGAGGAAUGUAAACGUAUAGAAGAAGGGUAUAAAAGAGCCAUGAAUCAAACACAACAAAAACUUGAUGCAAUUGUUACUACUCAAGAACAAAAACUUAAAGAAAUUGAAUGUCAGUAUACUAAAAAAAUGGAACAAAUGCGACAUGCACAGAAGUACAAAAAUAAAUGUUGAAGUAUAUAUUAAUAUUUAGUUAAAAUAUAUAUAUAUAUAUGCGUAUAUAUGUAUAUGUAUACAUAUACAUAUAUCUUUAUAUAUGUGUGUAUGCGUGUAUAUACAUAUAUAUUAAUAUGCAAUAUAGUUUAGAAGGAAACAGUAGUUAGAAGAGGCUAGAUAUUUUUUUAAUUUAAAGCACUUUAUUGUACAACACUCUAUUAGAAAACUUUUUGUAUUAGGGACCAAUUAACUAAAAAUUAUAAGUGUAUAUUAAUAGAAUUAAUGAUACUUAUUUGCUGUACUUUACUAAGUAACAGCAAACAAUAACAUAAUUUUCUAAACGAGAAUACGAAAGUACAACUCCCGGUUAAUUAAUAGAGUACUAAUUAUGAUUACUAACAUUUAUAUAUUAUUUGUGAAAGAAUGUGAACUUGUAAAGAGAGAAUUAUUUUAAGAUUUAUUAAUUUUAUUUCAAUUUUAUAAAAUGUCUAUAUCUAGAGUAUAAAUAAGUUCUCUUGUAGUGAGACAUUUAGUCACAUGUUCUUACCGAACAUUAUGACAUAAUAUUUUAAUGCAAGACUGGAUUUCUUUCUUAAUACAAUAAAUAUAACUUCAUAAUAAUUAAGAUUAUCUAAGUACACUUUUGAGUAUUACAAAUAUUGUUUACAACUUAUAUAUCCUAAAAGAAAUUAGAAGUACUAAUAUUAAGAUUGUACAAAAUAGAUAUUAAAAUGACGUUAUUAGAAAUUUAUGUUAUAAAUAUAUAUAUAAAAAUUUUACAUUUAUGUUUGAUGUACGAAGUCAAAUUACACAGAUAUAUUGAACAUUGAAAUUGAACGAAUUUAUAUUUAUCUGGCAUUUAAAGUAUUAACUCGAACAAAGUUAAAUGUGUACAAAUUCUUCGUUGAUGUUAUUUAAAUUUUUGAGCUCGUACAUAUAAAAUAUUUUGUACAAAUUAAUAUAUGUAAACAUUUUUGUA